UAGAAAAAAUUGAGUUUUAAUAUGAUAGAUGAACCACGAAUGGGGUCGCAAACGUUGGAAAUUCUGAGGCAGGGAAUCUGGGCUUCCUUAACUGGAGGGUGGUUUUAUGACCCACAUCAAGAUGUAUUUUGUAAUACUUUUCACUUGUACCUCUGGUUAUUACUGCUGUGUUUGCCUUUUUCCAUUUAUGUGUACUUUCCACCUUCUCCAAUAACAUGGUACUUUUAUUGCGGUAUCGUGUCUUUAACUUUCACUGCCGUCAAAUUGGUUAAUUAUGGACUUCAUCAUAUGUAUGAUACCACCGAGUGCAUACAGGAAGAUGUCAAGGAAGAGGAGUGGAACAUGGAGAAAAAAGAAGAUGAAGGAAUUGAGUUACAAGUCUUAUCCAAAAAAAAUGUUGAAGAUACGUCGCAACCUAAUCGAUCUUUAGCCAACAUCGAAUCUGGGGUUGUUCCUACAACCGACGCAGACAGUUUAGAGUCGGGAGAGUUUCAACAAUUAGAAGUGGCCAACUGUAAAAGUGGCAGUGUCAUAGAUCUGAAGGCAGAAGUGCAUCAUAAAAACUCAUCAGAAAGCAGCGAAGAAUUAGCUAUUCAACCUAUAAUUGAAGUGCUACCUUACCAGUCUGAGGUUCGCGACCAUGACAACGUAUCUCAUAGUAACCAAUCGAAAAAAUUAAAAAGAGAUUCUUCGUUUGUUUUGCCCAGUAUUGAUGAUGAAGUAAAGUGUAAGAGGUCAAACUCUCACAAAUUGCAACGACACUUCAGUGGAGACACCCAGGACUCCGGCCUGCUUUUAGAACGUCAUCGUCCUUCAUUUCCGAACGUCGUUUCGGAACACACCAGUCCGAAAUUAGUACGCACCUCUCGUCGUCACUCGAAUUUUACCAACAGCAGCUUCAGUUUCAUUCCUAAUAGUACAAAUAAUAUGAAACCUACGGGUUCGUUGGAAUUGGGCUACAUCGAUCAAAAUCCCAAUCAAAUGCUGACGUGCGAAGGUUUCUAUUUUAAGCCUAACGUUAAUAGGCGCGGCGGAGUCCGACGGAUACGCUCGACUGCUUUAGAAACGUCCUGCCCUCCUCCGGUUUUAACAAUCCAUCCGAACAGUUUAGAAAUUCUCGGUUGUAAUACUACGAAAACAAAAAAUCCUCUACCUCCCCCCAGUUCGACUUUGGUCCGAAAUCAGCACUUAAAUUUAUGCCCGUAUUACGGUUCCGAAAUUGUAUAUCCCAUAGCGGAGCAAUCAGACGAGCAUCAAACAUCUCACGGCCCGGAUUCUGACUUGGACUCCUUGCCUCGGAACUCCGAUUCGGAUUACGACGAGAAUAACGAAGACAGUCACUCCUCGCUAUUGGUUCGUCUUCACCAUGUCGAUAGUGUUAAAAUGAUACGCGCCGUGCGGACUUUGCCUCACGCCGACAAAGAUCUAUGCCAUUUACGUGAGUACUUUCCGAAGGACUCGGAGAAGUGUGAUCUAAACUCUAGCUGCAAUUUAAGUGUUUCCUCAAAUAAGAGCGACGAUAUCGAUAGGACUAGCGCCACAUCGAAAGAUGCUCUAUUAGAUAAUAACGAUAAUUCAAAUUCCAGUGCCACGCCCGAGAUGCAGGACGCGCGGACAGAUUGCUACGCUACCGAUAACGAGUGCAGUGAUAAAAAACUGAGUGAUUCGAAUACGUCGGAGAGUAGUACUAGUGUAGAAUGUGAAGAAAGUGUCUUAGAAAAAGAUUGUAAAAAAUUUUUAGAUGACAUUGAUCUUACCGAGAGUAAGUACUUGGAAACGAAAAAUGAAGUGCUCGUAACGAAUUUCGACGAAAUUACGAACAGCGUGAAACGGCGAAAUAGAAGGAACAGAAAACGUAAGUGUAGCAGCUGUGGUAAGCCCGAGGACGGGGGUACUAGAUCCAGUUUAGUCGAAUUGGAUCUAGAUUUGCUUUUCGACGAUGAGAACGAUCACAUCAGCCGCAGAUCAAUGGAGAGACACAAGCGUGAUGACUGGUCCAGUAGUACAACUGUGUCGCUAGAGCACGACGUUAGCAAAGUCCUGCAAGAACCAGCACCUUCAACGCGAAAUUUGGGAGCUAUUCCAAAGAAGUGCAUGUCCGCUAAUUACCACCAUGAAAGAGAAAGGCCAAGAAUAAUAAGUGCCCUUGCUAAAAGCGAAUCGGAGAAAACGAACAGAAGGAAGCAUGACAAAUAUCUUGAUAACAGAAACGCUCACCGAAGCAGAUCAAUAAAAGAAAAUAAAUUAACACAAACUCUACGCCAAACGGAAAACGUCGUGGAAGGCCUAGAAUGUUUGGUAAUUCCGACGCACGCGCCCGCUCGUCUCCGAAAACUAAGUGUCACCCGUAGAAGUAAUUUAAAAAUGAUCAAACCGUCGACCGACUGUUACCAAGAGGCAUCGUCCAGUAGUUCCAAUAACGAACUAAGCACACUGUUACCCUCCAAUCCGCUUCUCUCCGCCUUUUUAGCAAGUAGACGUGAUGCUCCCGCCAUCUGUGUUUCAUUACCAGCGCGAGACAGUACGAGACUGGAUAAACGCGCGUCUUCGUGUCGACAGGGUCGCCUGAAACGAAAUACGAGGGUACAUCGGAGAGCUUUGCAUAGUUCUCACCCGAAUCACGAGACGAAAUCUAAUCAACGCGAUUUGGCGAUAGCAAGCACGAUAUCGUCCGGCCACGGAACGCAUCGUGCCAAAUCGUUUGAAGAUACUUCGCACGGUUCGGUGCAUUGUUUCGUCGACGAACAUGGGAAUUGGAUUACGUACACGUUUGAUGAAAAAAGUGUAGGCACUGCCAAUGCAAAUUUGCCAUUGCCAAACUACAACAGCGGAAAAAUUUUAAGCACCUUACUACGGCAAAGGGAGGCCGCGACGAACUCACGAGGCGCUAACCACCGAGGUUCCAGCGAUAUUUGGGACAGUAACAGUACGGAAUCAAUUUACAACAGUUCGGUGUCGAUAAUUCUGGACAACGCCACAAGGCAACCCCUACCCUCCGCGACAAACAGUAUGAUUCCUACCAGCAACACCUUACGGAUAAACGCGGAACCGUUACGACAUAGAUUUUACACGAAUAAUUUAAGUGAUAAUACGAUCAUAGAAAAUUUACGAGAGGUCUUCCCAAGUACGAAUACCGACAUCAACGUCGAAAUGCAGGUGCCGAGGAAUCGAUUCCGCUACAUUCAAGCGACGGACGCCGCGAAUAACAAUUAUUCUAGGACAAAAUCGUACUACAAGUUUAAAGUGUUUCCGUGGACGUUCAUAAAAAUUAGUUUGGACCGCUUGAACCUGCUAGCGUUGUUAGAUCGUAACCUUACGCUAGGAGAAACUUUAUUAUCUACCUUUUUAGGUAUUCUAGUCUCAGUUUUUGGUGCUGUUUUACUUUAUUUAGAUUUUUAUCACGAUUUACUCGCUUUGGUAUUUUGCAUUGUGAUGUGCAGUUGUCAGUAUUCGCUGUUGAAGAGCGUGCAACCGGAUGCGGCGUCGCCUACGCACGGUUUCAACAGGGUAAUCGCGUACUCCAGACCGAUCUAUUUUUGUUUGUUGUCGUCUAUCAUUUUAAUUUUACACGCGAGUAUAGCGCACGAAUCUUACGAUACUGCAUUUACAGUGUACGGUGUGAAUUUUACCAAUAAGAACAUAUUGGUUUGUAUUCGUGAGUUUAUAGUUAAUUUUAUGUUGUUUUUUCCUGUUAUAUUUUCACUCGGAUUGUUUCCCCAAAUUAACACGUUUUCAAUGUAUGUUUUGGAACAAAUUGACAUGUUUAUGUUUGGCGGUAAUGCGAUGUGCAGUUUGUCGGCGUCUAUUUAUUGCGUAUUUCGUUCACUUAUGGCUGUGAUAGUUUUGUACGGAUUAGCAUACGGCGGUUUAAUAGAAGCUAAAUCUUCUCAACAUAUUCUAUUUUCUAUGUUCUGUGCUUGCCUGAUAGCAAUGUCGUACCAUUUAAGUAGAAGUGCGAGUGAUUUCUCACAUAUUUGGAACAUUAUCAAG